CAAGUACCAGUCACAGGGCUGUGGAGAAGAUGGGCAGCCAUGGUGGUGGUGGAGGAAAUAUGAAUUGGGAUGGCUCUUCCUACAUUUCCCAGUCUUCUAAAGGUUCAAGGAGUUGGUGGAGGAAGAGCGGCAGGGCUCAGGGAGUGUGGGGGGAUAGCAGUGUGGGGAUGGAGAAGAAGAGGGUGAUGGUGGUGGUAGACCAGAGUGGGAAGGCCAAGGAAGCCAUGAUGUGGGCAUUGACUCAUGUGGCAAACAAAGGGGACCUCCUCACUCUCCUCCUUUGCCUUCCUCCUCACAGAGUUGGAGACUCUGAGCUGCACAACUUUGCAGACUCUCUUGCCUCACUGUGCAAAUCCUCCAAGCCAGAGGUGGAAGUGGAAGCACUUGUAAUGGAAGGACCAAAGCUGGAAACUGUCCUCAGCCAAGUCAGGAAACUGGAAGCAUCAGUUCUAGUAUUGAGCCAGAGCAAACCCUCCCUAUGUUGCUGUUUGUUUAAUACAAGCAGCGAAGACUUCGUAGAGCAGUGCAUCGAUGAAGCUCAGUGCCUCACAUUAGCCGUGAGGAAGCAAAGCAUGGGAGUAGGUGGCUACCUGGUCAGCACUAAAUGGCAGAACAACUUCUGGCUCCUGGCCUAAUUAAAAGAAACCAUGCCACAUCCUUCUCAUAGUUGUCUAACAAUGUUAGCAUUGUUGUAAGAUGAGCUACAAUAACAAUUGUAGUGCCUGAACUGAGCCAACAGUUAAAACUCUAGUGUGUAUGUUUAUGGAUUGGAGUGUCUUCUGAUACAAGAUAAUAAGUUAAUACUCAAUCUUGUUGCCCAAAGUCAGGUUAGUCAAAGUCAUGUGCAUGUCUUAACAUCACAUAU